CCCCCCAGAGCGAACUUCACUCCUUCCGUGUCUCAUCACAUGUCGCUAUCUGCAUCGUCAAACCCCCGGGCAUGACUCAGCCUUACGUUGAGCGCGGCGUGGGGAGAUUUUGGAAUCCAAUUACUGCUUGGAGCCGACGACCGGUCGGAGUAGGGCGACACUCGUCCGUCUAACGCCGGGCGUAUUACAAUUGUCGUCUUGCUUUAACGCCGUCGUUGAUGAUGAAAAUAAAACCGCCCUUUCUAUCCAUGGAGGCGUGUAGACAACAAAGCAUUAGACGUCCUCGCCCCGCAAUUCCUCCGCCUUCUCCAUUCUCACCCGGGAUAGCCUCAUCAUCACCACCGGCAGCAAUCUUCAGCAAUGUCCGCCAUCAAGAAAGUAGCAUUGGCGGGCGCCACUGGCAUGCUUGGCCAGCCCAUCCUCCACCAUCUGCUGGCACAAGGCUUCACCGUCACCAUCCUGACCCGAGAUUCCUCCAAAACUGCCAAUACGUUGUCCCAGCAGCCGAAUGCCGCCGCCUACAGCAUCGCACAAGUCGACUACUCAUCCUCCGAAUCUCUGGAAGCAGCCAUCAAAGGCCACGAUGCCGUCGUCUCCGCCCUCGCCCGCCCAGCUCAAAAAGACGAAGAACGCCUGAUUGAUGCCAGCAUCGCCGCUGGAGUCCCCCGCUUCAUCCCCUCCGCUUUCGGCGGCGACAUGACGGUCCCCUGGGUGCGAGAGCAGCCCUUCUGGGCCGACAAGCUGCAGCAGGAGGCCUAUCUGCUGAGCAAAGUGGAGGCAAGCGGUGGAGAGCUGUCUUUUACUAUGUUGACCAACGGCCCCAUCUUUGACUUCGUCAUGCAGGCCAAACUCUUUCUCAACUUGCCAGAGAGGAAAAUCACGCUCUGGGAUGGUGGAGACAAGCGGCUGAGUGUGACGACAAAGGAUACGAUCGGUCGGGCGGUUGCCGAAGCCUUGAAGCUGCCGGCGGAGACGAGGAAUAAGAACUUGUUCAUCGAGGGCGCUGUUGUGUGCCAACGUCAGCUGCUGGAGCUCGCCCACGAAUUGACGCCGGAUGAAGACUGGACGGUGACGGAAAUGCAGUCUCUUCCUCUCUUCAAGGCAGCCCAGGAGAAGUGGAGUCAAGGAGUCAGAGGGCCUGCCGUCGGCCCUGGCUUCCUGCUGCGAGGUCUAUUCACCGAAGGCUUCGGCGGGGCAUUUGACAGGACAGACAACGAUCUGUUACACAUCGACCGAAUGUCGGAGAAGGAAGUCAAGGAUUUCUUGUUUGCAUAUCUGUAG